AUGUUGACAUCAAUCGGCCGGGCAGCCGCCCAGCGCCUGCUCUUCCGCGCCGCACCACUGGCCGGCCCGCGAACCCAAUCCAUCGUGCGCGCAGCGUACCGCGGCUUUUCGACGUCACAAUGGACACGUGUGCCCGCCACUAAGGCGUCCUCGACGACUACCAAGACGAAGAAGACCACCGAAGCCAAGGACGGAGCGGCGGCGAAGAAGAAGGUCACGACCAAGACCAAGGAGGCGGCGGCGAAGAAGCCCAAGGCGAAGAAGAAGGUGGCGGCCAAGAAGCCCGUGCCUAAGAAACGGGCCAAGAAAGUGCUCACGCCCGAGGAGAAGCAGAAGCUCGACGUCAGGGAGUGGAAGAAGCUCGCACUGCUGCCGGACCCGAAGAGGCUGCCGUCGACGGCGUGGUUGCUUCACUCCGCGGAGGCGGGCAAGCAGGCUGACUCAGCGGCUGUUCUGAUGGACCGGACCAAGGAGAGCGCCGAGUCGUUCAAGAACCUGUCUUCGUACGAGCUCCAGCGUCUCCAGGAAAAGGCCGACGAGAACAAGCUCACCAACAACGCCGCCUAUAAAGCGUGGGUUGAGUCGCACACGCCGCAGGCCGUGGCCGAGGCGAACCGCGCGCGCGCGAAGCUCCGCAAGGUCAGCGGCCGCAAGGUCCCCGCGCCCAUCCGCGACGACCGGCAGCCCAAGAAGCCGCAGACCCCCUUUGCGCUCUUCACCAAGGCCCGCUGGGCCAGCGGCGACUUUGCUGGCUUGAGGCCGUCCGACGUCGCCCGCCGGGUCGGCGACGAGUGGAAGGCCCUGUCGGAGCCCGAGAAGGGCACGUACGAGGAGCUGUCCAAGGCAGACGUCGACCGGUACGCGCGCGAUGCUCUAAGCGUGCUGGGACACGUCGUCAACCGCGGCGAGACCCCCGAGUAA